AUGUCAGUUCUUCUUACGAUUGGAACGUUCACGUUGGCGAUCACAUUCAAGAGGAUGCGCAACUCUUGCUACUUCCCAUCACGCGUAAGGCAGAUAUUCAGCGACUUCGCUGUCAUGAUAUCCAUUGUCAUAAUGACUUUUAUCGAUAUGUCAGCCGGUGUGAAUACUCCAAAGCUGCAUGUGCCCAGCUCGUUCCGCCCCACAUGGGAUGGACGAGACUGGUUCAUCCCACCUUUCGAUGGAAAUCCUCUCUGGACGGUCCCACUGGCGGCUCUACCUGCAUUGUUGGCAUGUAUUCUGAUAUUCAUGGACCAGCAAAUCACCACCGUCAUUGUGAAUCGAAAAGAGAACAAGCUGAAGAAAGGUUGUGGCUAUCACUUGGAUUUGCUCGUUUUGGCCAUCCUCAUAUUCGUCGUCGGUAUACUUGGUUUACCAAUCUAUGUAGCCGCGACCGUACUUUCAAUUAAUCACAUCAAUUCGCUGAAGGUUGAAAGUGAUUGCAAAGCGCCUGGAGAAGUAGCUCAAUUUAUUGGUGUACGAGAACAACGUGUGACUGGUAUGGUAACGUUUAUCAUGAUCGGCUUGUCUGUACUGAUCACCAACUUCCUCGGAAAAAUUCCAAUGCCCGUACUGUAUGGAGUGUUCCUCUAUAUGGGUAUAUCAGCUCUGGGUGGUAUUCAGCUCUUCGACCGUAUACUUCUGCUUUUGAUGCCAAUGAAGUACCAGCCCGAUACAAUCUACAUUCGUCAUGUGCCUAUAAAGAAGAUUCACUUGUUCACAGCGUUCCAAGUUGGAUGUCUUGCUAUUCUUUGGACAGUCAAGUCCAUCAAGUCGACCUCUCUUACUUUCCCUAUUAUGGUAAGUACUCCUGAUUUCUCAGUAUCCUGUUUCCUGUGUGUAUGA